AGCCGUUUGGGUCAAGUAACCAGGUCCCCUUUUCAGAAGAUCCAUCGAGCCUCUGUUGGUGACAUCAAGUGAAACAUGAACAUGACGUGAGCAGCUUGGCCUCAUCGCGUGGUUCUGGGAAGCGCCAUUCGUGAUCCGAGACCGCCACCCUGUCAGACCUGUCACGCCCAUUAGCAGAAUUCAUUCUGCAAUUUGCAAAUGUGUACAAAGUCAAAGACUCCUCUUUGCACCAAUGGCACAGAUGCUCCCAACCUUCAACAAGGAAAUGAAGGCUAUGCAGAAGACUUUGGGGUGGGGGUUGCAACAUGAACAUGGUCGAAUUCAUCACCACAGCCCGGUGAGAGCUUCGACGCGAGAUGUGCACCAGCGGAUCACUGAGAUCAAGGCACAACUGGAGGAGAAGGAGCGUCGCUUGCAAGAGGUGGAGGAGUUCUAUGACAUGAGGAAGCUCGAAGUAACCAAGAAGAUUGCCAGGGAGGAUGACAAGGUGGCCAUGCUGGAGAGACGAGUGGGGCUCUACAAGAACUCCCAGAAGUUUCGGAACAACAAGCGCUGUGAGUUCCUUCAGUUUGUGGAGAAGCCCUGGUUUGAUGGCGUGGUGGCACUGGUGAUCUUGUUGAACCUCUUGAUGGUGGCCAUGGAGUUGUUGUCCAAUGGCGACAAAGAUCGAGACUUCUUUUGGUGGGAUGUUGGGAUCCUGGGCUUCUAUCUUUGCGAGUUUAUCGCCCGGCUGCUCUUGCACAAGGAAGCCUUGCUUUGUGGCGCUUUUGAGCACGUUUGGCCUUAUUGGAUCGAUUUGUUCAUCGUGGUCGCCGGCAGCGGGGAGCUUCUUCUAGGCCUGCUGGAGUUGAAGACUCGCAUGGGUGUUUGGGCUUCCAUCCUCCAAGCCUUCCGCGUGGUCCGUGUGGUGAAGCUGGUGCGCUUGUUGAAAGACACCACCUGGGCUGAAGAGAGCCCUUUCCAGUUUUUCAUCAUGGGAGUGAUCCUGUGCAAUGCGGUGCUCAUCGGAGCGCAGAUGAACCACGGCGAUCUGGAGAUCCUGACGCUGUUGGAUAACUUCAUGCUCUCCAUUUUUUGCUUUGAGAUCCUCGUGCGCAUCCGGAACUCUGGCUGUCGGUUCUUUUGCCCACGACGCUCGCUGAUUGCGUUUUACAAUUGGCUGGACUUCACAAUUGUCCUUUUGGGCGCUGUGGAGCAGUGGCUGUUGCCCUUGUCGUUGCACUUCCUCCACGCAACCGGCCUCACUCAGGAGCGUUUGAAGGUGAAUCGCACGACCACCAAUCUCCUCCGCCUUUUGCGUCUCCUGCGGCUCAUGCGGCUUUUGCGUCUCAUCCGCGACAUCCCACCGCUACACACCUUGGCCGUGGGGAUCCUGGAGUCGCUACAGGGCAUGACCUGGGUCUUUCUGCUGGCCUUGUUGGUGCUGUACUCCUGCGGCAUCAUGUGCACUCAACUCAUUGGACAUCGCCUCCUGGUGGGCGAAGACUGCCCCCAGGCGGUCGUGGACAUUUUCCCACACGUCGGGGAGUCCAUGUUUGUGCUGUUCAAGGUGAUGAAUGCCGAUGCACAAGUCUUGGACCCUCUCUUCGAGUACAUGCAGAUUUCAAAGAUGAUCACUGCUUAUUUCAUGAUCCUCGCCAAUUGGGCCAUCUUGGCCAUUUUAACGGCCGUGGUCAGCGAGAACCUCAUCAACGCCUGCGCGCAGCAUCGGAAGGAGCAGGAAGAUGAGAAGCAAAUAAGAAACCGGGAGAAACUGACGCAGAUUUUCGAAGACAUGGACGAGUCUGGUUCUGGGGACCGCAAUGGAAAGCUGAGCAAGUCCGAGUUCGAGGCAAAGAUCAGAACUGAACGGCACAAACUUGAAGAAUCGCUGAUCGAAGCGCACAUUCCCUCCGAUGUGGAGCAUCUGCGUGAGCUUUUCGAAUUACGAUCCAAGCAGCCGGCCUCUGACAAGGAGCCGCAGAUCGAACUGGAAGACUUUGUCGAUUGCUUGCAUUUCCAGAGCAAGGAGGUGAGCCAACGGACGCUGAUGCGGAUGGAAGGGCGCAUCAAGAGUCUCCAGAACUUGGUCUUCACGCUGAUGGGUGAAGAAGUGGACUCCCCCAAACGUCAUGGAACAUCACCGCGAGCCCGAGCUCGGCGCGGAGCGGACUCGCCCGGCACCUUGUGAAGCGGCGAGCGAGUCCGGUGUUGCGAAACUGCAGGGCCGCACCAGAAGAAUAACCAAGAAAAAGGUGCGACCUGAGUCAAGCUGAGGCUUUGCAAGUCAAGUUUGGUGGAAGUUUGGUGGAAGAUGUUGGGUUUGGUCAUUGUCCUCUUCAACUUAAGCCAUUAGAAUCCAUUUGAAGGUUCCAUGUGUUUUAGAGGGUCAUCCCGUGAUGUUGAGGGCAGAAGGUGUGGGGACAGAUCCAGAUGUUGCGUCGCGCGUGCAGAUGCGUACACAUGCGGUUUGCGCUCUGCACCAAGCCGCUCUUCUUUGUGCGAAGAAGCAAGACCACUGGCCACUGGAUCCAUGGAUGUGGAAUCGUUUCUGGACUACGGUCAAGGGCAGCACAGGUACUUUGAAUGUGCGCUGGAUGUGGAAGAGGUACAUGUUCAACAGCUGUCACCACGUUGAGAGUGACCUUCUUGCCCCCACCGGUGCGGAACCAGUAGCUUGCCUGGUUGAAACAAGAACAUCGGAAGCUGCGUUGGAUUGUGCGCCGACAUUGGAACAUUGCCUUCCCUCCGUGUUUCAUGGGCUCAUCCCAAGCGUGCCAUGAAAAGCUCCAGCAUCCUUCAAGUAUAUACAGACUGACCCACUCCAAAAUAUGUGUCCUUUUUGAAGUGUAUACCGCGCGGGCACGAGAAUGAGACUUGAGAUGAAAUGGUUCCUGUUCAUGGCUGGUUGGGCUCAAGAUCAUGCUUGCGAUCUUUCUGGACCCCGGCGUUAUGCCCUGUCAGGUGGUGCCCUAGGUGUUUGGGCAGGACAUCGCCAUGUCCAGAUGAUGACCAAGCUAUUAGGAUACUCAUCGAGUAAACACCGGUAGCAAGCCGGCUUUCCUGUUUGCCUUUGGGCUUCAAGUGUAGCCUUUGGCCGACUGAAAGGAGCCACGGAAGGGGAACGGUCAGUGGCGACGAUCCACGGUUUGCCUGGCGAACAUCGCCAAACGUGCAGCUUUGCCGGGAUCCACUGGCUGGGUCACCACUCUUAAGACCGAGAAACCUUUGAGGAACCCUUUGAUCCCUUGUUGAUCCCUUUGGUGAGGUCGAGUUGCGCUUGGGAAGUGGCUGUGGAGACUACCGCGCCAGAGGAGACGUGAUGAGGUGAUUGAGGUGAUCCACAUCCAUCUCUUGAUGCUUUUCCAAGGACUUUCUGCGCGGCCUCAGCUGAAGUGAGGAUGAAAGAUGAUCAUUAAGAUCAAGAGACUGCUUAGGUCUCUCAACUUUCGCUGGGCACCUGGCUGGACAGCCAAGCCGCCAAGCCAGGAUCAUCAAGACUCACGGGUUCGGCCACGUCGGCUGCACGGUGCUGUGGAAUUCAACGUGACAGAUUUGGAGUCUAAGAGUUUUGCGACUGCACGGCCUAACCUUGUUACUAGAUGAUACUAGUAGCUUCUUGCUACUAUAGUAGUAAUGGCUUGCACCCUAGUAGCGAUGGCCUCCACCCUAACAAGUCUUGUCCGAACGCAGUCAAA